UUGUCUACUAUUUUGCCCCUGGUCCCUAUGAAUGCUGAUGCGAGUUUGAUUACUGCGCUCGUAGAGCGUUGGCAACCCGAGACAUCGACCUUCCACUUGUCGUUUGGUGAGGUCACGAUCACGUUAGAGAACGUUGUGACACUGUCCGGUCUGGCGAUCGACGGUGAUGCCGUCGUAGUUGACAUACCGGAUGAGGAGUGGCCGGAGAUCUGUUUGAGACUGUUAGGAAGAGUUCCUGAUGAUCUUUCCGGCGAUGUCGUUAGGAUUGUUUGGUUGAGGGAUGAAUUCAAUCAUCUUCCAGGAAAUGCAUCCCGGGAGGUUACAGAGCAGUUUGCACGAGCUUAUGCUCUACCUCUGAUGGGAGGUGUAUUGUUCCCGGAUCGGUCUGGAGUUACGGUGCACGUACAGUCGGCUUUGCACAUUACGCAUUCCUCCACUUCUCUAGGAGGUGACCUUGGUGGAUGGGUCCCUUUACUGCAGCUCUGGGCGUGGGAGCGAUUCCCACAUUUGACACCGCGACAUUCAGAGACGAGGGCGCAGAUUGUCGAGGACGCAUCCCCACGUGGUGUCCGAUGGCUUCCGGCCAACACUCGUCAGUAUGGUGACCAGCUAUUCCAGUACAAGUUGUGGUUUGACGAGAUGGAAACCAUGGUGUGCCAACCUUACGUUGAGAGAGCACUUCAUCUCAGAGGUAGUGUGAUAGAGUCUGAGACGUUUCGAGCAGUAGUGCCACUGAUCUGCUUUUCAGUGGUGAUGUGGCACCAUCCAAACCGCGUGCUUCGACACUUUGGCAUGAGGAAGCCUGAGCCUCAUCUACCACAUCCUGAGGCUGAGGUUAGAUUUUUCCUUCACCAGACUACUCGUAGGCCAUCGUGUGGGCAGCAGUUGGUACACGCCUCCAGAGAGUCGCUUGCUUUGUGGAACCGUCAACAUGAGUUCAUAGCGAUGAAUCCAUACAGUGAGGAGGUUUUAGCCUACCACUCAGAGCAUAUGGAGUGGUAUCGAGAUGUCACCAGACGUUCAGGCACACGGAGAGAAGCUGCAGUGGAGGCAUUGUACGACACUUUGGAGCAUGCUGAGCUGAGUUUUAGUGAUUGAAUACAGAUUGGAGGGAUGUCCACCGACCAGAUGGAAAAGUUGGCCAACAUGAUGGCAUUAGGGGUUGCUACUUUAGGUUUGGAGCGGCGCAGGCAUCCUGAUGUUACAGUACCUGUACAGCCUUCUUAUGAUCAGUCCAGCA